AUGAUCCGCCCACUCAUCGUCGUCGCUUGCUUGGGCAUCGCCUACGUAGCAUCGAUAACGUUCAAGGAUGUUCCGCCCGAACUCGCAGCGGCUAUGCCCAAAGAAGUUAGGGAUUUCGUUCAAGGCCUCACUCCAAACGAUAUAGCCAUACUCAGGGACGUUGCGGAGAACUACUCGCGGUACAAGACUGAGGACGCGGCCAUAGCUGCGAUAAGGGCAAGGUCGCCCCAACUUGGUGACCAGGUUGCACGUAUUCACAAAAUGAUUGAAGACAAAAUGAACUCUCUUAGCCCACCAGCGAAGGCCUUCGCUAGGGAGAUGUACCGUAUCACCCGUAGAAUCCACACAGAAGCAGUCAUCGGCAAGAAACCGGAUAUCGCUGCAAUAACUUCUACGGCUCAGAAGGCUAUUGCGCAGUUCAACCAAUUGCCGAAACCUGUACAACAAGAACUCAAGAGGACGUUCCCUGCUACGGUUCGCGCAUUUACAAGCAAGAAAGUCCACAAGAUGCUGGCGAGGAUGUUGGCCAGUGGCUGA